AUUUUUAUUUCAACAAUGUUGGCAGGCUACAAUGCAGUUUUCCCUUUAUUGGGUACAUUGUUCACAUGGGGACUGACGGCUGCAGGUGCUGCAUUAGUGUUUGUUUUCCACAGCAGUCAGAGAAAAGUUCUAGAUGCUAGUUUGGGAUUUGCAGCUGGGGUGAUGACUGCUGCUUCAUACUGGUCCUUACUUAAUCCAGCCAUAGAAAUGGCAGAGCACUCAGGAUUUUAUGGAGACAAGGGUCAGUGGGCAUUUGUCCCAGUUUCCAUAGGUUUUGUUCUUGGUGCAGGAUUUGUGUAUGGUGCAGACAUCUUCAUGCCUUAUUUAGGAGCUGACAAUGCAUCAGGUCUGAUGAUGUCACUUGAUUCAGACAUUAAGCAUGAGAAGGAUGGUGAAAUAGAAAUGGAGGCUCCUUUCAACAAUUUUUAUGAUAUAAAUAGGCAGCAGUCUUCAAGUCAACCUCUCCGACGCAAACCAACCCAAGAGCAAAUCAACAUCGACAAUCAGUUCAUAUCUACACCAUCACCCAAAACCCAAGCCAUUAACUGGAAGAGGAUUUUACUGCUUAUUAUCGCAAUCACCAUUCACAAUAUACCAGAGGGAUUAGCAGUAGGUGUAGGCUUUGGAGCAAUAGGAAAAACUCCAGCUGCUACAUUUGAAAAUGCAAGAAAUUUAGCAAUAGGAAUUGGUAUACAGAAUUUUCCAGAAGGUUUAGCAGUUAGCUUACCACUCAGAGGAGCUGGAAUGUCUAUAUGGAAAAGUUUCUGGUUUGGGCAGUUAAGUGGCAUGGUGGAACCAGUAGCUGGUUUACUGGGGGCAUUUGCCAUUUCAAUAGCUGAGCCUAUAUUGCCGUAUGCCUUAGCCUUUGCAGCAGGUGCUAUGAUUUAUGUGGUUGUGGAUGAUAUUAUUCCUGAGGCCCAGACAUGUGGAAAUGGGAAGAUUUCCUCUUGGGGAGCUGUCAUUGGUUUUGUGGUAAUGAUGUCCUUGGAUGUUGGUUUAGGAUGACCUACCAUAAUAAAACCUGUUAAAUUGUAUUUACCAAUAAACAGAAUAUUUUAAAACAAUAUUUUAUGGCAUUAGUGUUCAAACAAUGAUCAAGUGGAUAUAAUUGUUAAUAAUUAUGCUAAAUGUGUGAAUAUCCAUCUGUCUGUUGAUGAAAUAGUGUUUUAUCGAUAAAUGGGCAUGGACAUGAUUUUUGAUCAAUUGAAAUUGACAGUUUUUUGUUAUAGAAAUAAAGAUCUUUCAUGAAAAAGUAGUUUUAGAAUAUUUUUACACAAGAUAUACGUAUUAUGUAUUUACAUAAAAUCUAGCUCCAAAAAUUGUGUUUGUCAACACACUCGUCAUAGCCAGGAAAAUAUGUGCGGAGGUGAGAACACCAAGAUUUCUAAAAUGUAUGUCAAAAGCACUCAACAUGUUGACAUACGUUAAUGAUAAAUCAAUUUAGGGAGCAAGCACAAAUAAGAAAGAAGAGAAAAUUUUCCUUUUAAAGCUUUUUUUUCACUGAAGCCGUCAUCUGAUAGUUGAGUCAUGUGACAUGUAAACAUAGACCGAGCUCAAGCCUUUUAUUAAAAAGGAAAUGUUUAGGUGUCUCAAGUACAUCUUCACAUUAGUUUUUGAAAUUUAGGUUAUGUUUUACAUGAAUCAAAUACUAUCACAUUAUUGAUUAAAUACAGUCAAACUUUGUUAUCUGGAACUUGAUGGGAUGGAGAAAAUACUUUUGAGAUACCUGAGGAUUUGAGAUAUCAAAGGUAAAAUACUUUAAAGAAUAAGUGGUUGCAUGGGACUUUUGAAUCACUUCACCAUAUCCAUGGCAUUUAAGGAGGUACUCUACAUCGUCAUAAUGGCCGACUUCCUUUAAAAACAUGGAUGAAAAAAUCAAUAUCAGCAAUAUUUGACUUUUCCUUUUCAAUUUAAAUACCUAGCCGAGUAGCUCAGUAGGUUAGCAUACCGACUGCUGAACUGUAGGUAGCAAGUUUGAGUCCAGUAGGGGUUUUAAAUUUUUUUCAGAUUAUCUUCUACUAAAACUGUAUUUUUUGACAAAAUGAAGUAAAUUUGAAAAUUUUCAACUUCAAAAUAUUGUACUUAUCCUCCACUUUUCAUCUACAUCAAUUUUCUCUGGUGUACGUAGCAUACCUCCUUAAGAUAUGAGUGUUCGAGAUACCAAAGUUCAGCUGUAUCUAAAUAAUUUUUUAAAACCAAUAUCGUGUCUAUGCCCCUUUAAGUUUGGGAUAGGUUUUGUAGUUUAGAGAUUUGAUUAAACUUUUGUAAUGGUGAGUCCAAUGAAAGUGAGAAAUCAAACUAUUAUCACCAAGAGACUUUUUCUUUGAGCAUAUGAAAUUCUCACAUGUAAAAAUUUUCAAACAUCAUAUAUGAAAGUUCAGGGUUCUAAAUGUAUAGAUCUUAUUAAUUACAUCUCUCAAUCAGGUCCAUGGUGUAGUCUGUGGAUUGAAUUCAUCAUGUGUGUUGAUGGCAUUAAUUAUAUCAUCUGAUAUUGUGCAUGUCUGGUACAGGCAAUUUAUAUCAAUAGUUGUUAAUAAAGAAUUUUUUGUUUUUUA